UGCAAGAGAUGAAAAAGAGCACUACGACGACUCCGGCUUCAGUGGCCAAAAAGCGGAGUCGUAAGUCUGGAAAGAAGUCCAGUGACAAAGUGGACAUCAGAGCCAAACUAGAGAGGAGACGUCAAAGCGCCCGUGAUUGUCGGGCAAGAAAAAAUUUACGCUACCAAUACUUGGAUGAGUCGGUGGCAGACCGUGAACAGGCGGUCUUAUCUCUGCGACAGGAACUGGAUAAAUACAGAAUAUGGUGCAUUGAAAUUGAUGAAGGCAGGAUUCCAGAAGGUUUCCAAGAACUCUUGGAUGAAUUUGGUGCUGCAUAACAAAGGCA